AUGCCUAUUGGGUGGUAUUCCUCGUCAAUUCUUCCAUAUCUCCACGUAAGCAACACACUUCCCGUUCUUCGAGCCAUCCUUAUCUCUAUCUUUGAAGUGGUAGCCGCCCUGCGUGUACACGUCCUGAGCGGAGGCAGCUGGUGCUGGGUAUUGCCUGUUUGGCUCCUCGGUAUGGUGCCUGUGGGCACUAACAUAGUUAGUACAUUAAGUAUGACAAGGAGUAACAUAGUGGCUCCUGACCCAACAAACAUGGCUUGUCAUUCCUCAAAUUGGAUGUAUGGGCAGGUGGUGAUCAUUAAUCGGGCAUCCGUGAUCGUCUCGGACAUCCUCGUAGUUGCAGCAACAUGGUACUACAUAAGCCAUACAUGUCCCGUGAGAGGACAGCUGAUAUGUGAUGUGUGGGCUGCAAGGCCCAAUCUCACAACCGUCAUGUUCCGCGAUGGUACUCUGUACUUCAUCACAAUCUCGCUACUUAACCUUAUUGAUCUUGUUGCUUACUCAUUGGCAUCAAUGUGCGUAUGGAUCCACAAGCCAUUGAUGACCCAUACAGAGAUAUUUGCAUCUUACAGGAUGUCAAGCAUAUUGAUCUCCCGCUUCCUCAUCUGCAUCUGCGAAGCUGCAGAACGCUCAACACUGGCAUCCAGCUCCCAAUCUCUAUCCUUCGUCGAGUCAAAAGGCAACUCUGUCCCACACAGGUGGCUGUCCAGCAUAGAGUUUGCAGCCGACAUCGCCAACAGCUCUGCAGAGGGUAAUCAUGCGGAUGUUUUCCUCGAUCUCGAUGACAUCUAUGACAGUUUGGACUCAGGAGGCGAAGAAGAAUCACAAGUACCAGAAAAAGAUGAGAAUGGAGUUGAGAUGGAUGAGUACGCGAGAGGUGGACAGCAGCAACUUCCAGCUCGACUCGAAAGAGACAAGUUUUGGGUCAAGCGUUAUGUUCAAGAAAGAAUGUCGGCGCCGAGCUGUCCAGUCCCUGUAUACGAGACCAUGCUAUCAAUAUCAUGUAUGCCACAAUGUAUUACCGGAUGGCGACACUGCUGGGGUCUUCUAAUUAAAACGCGUUCGCGAGAAACACCAACAGCUACCGAGAUGUAUCUUGAACACAGUCGCGUCGGCACCGAUAGUAAUAUUUACGCGAGUGGGUACAUCGUGACAAUCAUAGAUCAAACGUACCGGCAGUGGAAACGCUCAUGUUGCGCCCGCUGGACUGUCCUAGUAUCCUGGAACCGCUCAGGCCGAUGCAAGCGGUGGAGUUGGCUUUGUCGUCAAAAACAUCGAACACGGCUACAAUUGACAUGUAAUGUGUCAGGGAUAAUCACUGUAAGGAGGUGCAGAUGA